AUGGACUCGGGGGGUUUUGACAACGUGGCUUCCUGCUUGGAUCCCACAGAUAUCCGUGUGUGUAUUUCGAAGGCCGUAGCGGAGAAAGAUGUGGGAGCGUUGCAGAGAGCGUGCAACAGCGUCAUACAGUCCGGGAACAGUCCAGACAGAGAAGACUUGGACCUGUACGUGCUGUGUGCGGAGGCUGCUCUCCAGCUCGGACGCGCAGAGAUAAGCAAACCGUGUCUAAAGAUUUACUUUGAAGGGAAUCCGCCAGCGAAUCAGUUUCUGUGUCGAGCCUACCUCUGCCAAGGCCAGCUGGAGUGUCCGCCGGCCACGGGGAGCGCGGAGGACUUUGAGAAAGCUGCGGAUUGUUUUCUCAAAGCGAUUGAAGUGGCGAAGACUGAGCCGCGCCACGACUCCGUGAAGCUGAUCAAGUUCGCGGACGACACCACCCUCAUUGGACUCAUCUCCAACAACGAUGAGUCCGCCUACAGGAGGGAGGUGGACCGGCUGGUGUCCUGGUGCAGUGGUAACAACCUGGAGCUGAACGCCCAGAAGACAGUGGAGAUGAUUGUGGACUUCAGGAAGAGCACUGUCCCCCCGCCCCCACCCUCCGUGAUGGACUCCCCCAUCACCUCUGUGGAGUCCUUCCGUUUCCUGGGCACCACCAUCACCCAGGACCUCAAGUGGGAGCCGACCAUCAGCUCCCUCAUCAAGAAGGCCCAGCAGAGGAUGUACUUCCUGCGGCAGCUCAGGAAAGCCAAGCUGCCUGCACAGAUGUUGGUGCAGUUCUACACGGCCAUCAUCGAGUCCAUCCUCACCUCCUCCAUCACCGUGUGGUUCGCUGGAGCCACAGUCAGGGACAAACAGAGACUACAGCGCAUUGUGCGCUCUGCAGAGGAAGUGAUCGGCCGCAGCCUUCCAUCGCUGCAGGACCUGUUUCAUGGUCUGGUCUUUAACGCCUCGGUGCUGUACAUCCACACGCUGCGUCCUCUGCUGCAGAGUGGGAGGAGCUUCCACCUGCUCCCGUCUCUGCGGCAGGUGUUACGGAGUCUGGAGGAGGUGAACGACCCGGACCACGACUGGAGGGCAAAGCUCAUGAUGCAACUCAUCAAAUGCUGUGUCGACGGAGGGAAAACAGAGGAGGCUAGAUCGCUCGCCAAAGUUACAGAGGAAUUUGUGAAGUGCCACACAUCUCAUCUUUUCCCCGAACUGUUUAGCCUGUUGAUGCAACACAAGCUGUCAGAUCGUGAUGUCUUGUUUGAGACGAGCCAACAAACUCCUACUUUAACGGCAAUUUACAAGCUCGACGAAUUUAAGACAUUGAGUUCUGUCAAUGGAGAUGAGCUAAGAGAAGAAGAUGCUGGCAAGCUUCAAGACAUAUUUGAUUGGCUCGUUUCUGCCAAAAAACCUUCCUUUCCCACGGAAUCCGAUCAACAACCUCUACCGCCAGCAGCGAGAGUUGCCUUCCUCCUGGAGUUGGCUAUGCUGGCCUUGCAAACCAAGCAUCAGAAAGUAGCUGCCGACUGUUUGAAAGAGCUAAAGACGGCGAAAGAGGCUCAGAGCGCCAGCCAGAGGAUCAUAAUGGAAUGUAUCAGUGUUGAAAUCAGGCUUCUGAAGAAAGAGGCAAAGAUGAACGAGUACUCCAAAGGCAGCGUGGAGGCACGGCUGAGGGAAAUAGGCUGGCUGGAUCAGUGGCUGCUAAACGCAGAGCGAGCGGGCGACCCUCAGGCCGUGCAGGCAGUGUGUGCUUCUGUGUGGAGACUCUGCCUGCCGCUGCUGCAGCACAACCUCCGCAGGAGCAUCAGAGGGGCUCUGCUCAGGCUGGCACAAGCCCUGGAAGACAUCCAGAGGUCUGUAGCCUACAUCUGUGGACAUGAAGAGCAGGACCCAGGGCUUAUGUUAUGA